CACACACCUCUGACCAUGAGGACUCUUCGCAGGUUGAAGUUCAUGAGUUCGCCCAGCCUCAGUGACCUGGGCAAGAGAGAGCAGGCAGCCUUGGACGAGCGGGGGACGCAGCAGCGCCGGGCCUGCUCCAACCAUCCACAAUGGAGUGAUAGCGGUGUUCCAGCGCAAGGGUCUGCCAGACCAUGAGCUCUACAACCUCAAUGAAGGAGUCAGGCAAUUACUGAAAACAGAACUGGGAUCAUUUUUCACUGAGUAUCUGCAGAAUCAGCUGCUCACAAAAGGCAUGGUGAUCCUAAGGGACAAGAUCUGGUUUUAUGAAGGGCAGAAGCUACUGGAUACCUUAGCUGAAACCUGGGAUUUUUUCUUCAGUGAUGUCCUGCCCAUGCUGCAGGCUAUUUUCUAUCCUGUGCAGGGAAAGGAGCCCUCUGUUCGGCAGUUGGCUCUUCUGCACUUCAGGAAUAUAAUCACCCUCAAUAUCAAAUUGGAGGAUGCAUUAUCCCGUUCCAGAGCCAGAGUUCCACCCUCUAUUAUUCAGAUGCUGCUCAUACUUCAGGGGGUCCAUGAGUCCAAAGGUGUGUCUGAAGAUUAUUUGAAGCUGGAAUCCCUGCUCCAGAAGGUUGUUUCUCCUUACCUGGGCACGUACGGGCUGUACUCCAGCGAGGGACCCUUCACGCACUCUGCCUGUAUCCUGGAGAAGCGGUUCUUCAGGCGCUCCAGGUCGGGGGAGAUCCUGGCCAAGAACCCCGUGGUGCGCUCCAAGAGCUACAACAACCCGCUGCUGACGCCCGUGGCCGAGUACGACAGCGAGAGCGCGGCCGCCAACGGGGCGGGCAUCCGCAGGCACUCGGUGUCGGAAAUGACCUCCUGCCUGCAGCUCCAGGGCUACCCCGGCCUCGCCCCCAUCACGGACAGCGGCUCCAGGGGCUCCAUGAAAGGCUCGCUGCCCGGAGAGCAGGAGAGGCCCGGCGCCGCGCCGGGGCAGUGCUCCAGCAAACUGGGCACGGCCGAGCCCCAGAAGGGACUCUUCCGCUCCACUGGCGACCCGCACAGCUCUUUGGAGCUGGACACAGACACUGCCUUACUGCCAGCUCCCUCCUCCAGCCCUGAGAACAUGGUGGAUCAGAUCUUGGAGUCCAUUGACUCUGACUCUGAAGGCAUCUUCAUUGAUUUUGGCCGAGGCUGUUCCAGUUCAUCGGCGUACAAUGUGGAUGUGAACAGGCAGAGCAUUGUGUGAAGGAUGUUAGGAGACAGACUCUGGAGUUCAAUGAUAUAUGACAGUUACCAAGACAGUGUGUUGGACUGUGGUCAAUACAGCCCCACAAACUGUGGGGUCUAAUGAUUCAUGACAGUUACUGAGAGGGUGUAUUGGACUGUGGGCAAUACAGCCCCACAAACUGUGGGGUUUAAUGAUACAUGACGGUUACUGUGACACUGUGUUGGACUGUGAGCAAGCUGUCUGUGCCUGGGCAGAUUUCAGGCAGAUUUGCCAGGGCAUCAUGGCUGUACUGAACACACACACAGUUUGGUUAUAGCAGGUGGGAAUCUGCUGAGGGGGAAGCAACUCCAACUGCCUUUCCCCACGCCUGGCACCCUGCAGAUGGAUUUCCUGUUUCUUUAUAAACCUAGGGGAUCACAAACUCACAAGUGUCUGGUAAAAUGCUGUUAGUGCAGCUGGCAGUGAUUGUUUAGGAAAACAGCUCAGCAAUAGUUCUGCUCACUUCUGAUUUUCUAAAGAGGUUUCCUGCAGAUGGUAGGUUGUUCUCUGAAGUGAAGCACCUCAGCAAGAGGAGAAACAGCUCCUUUAAAAACAAACAAACAAAUACAAAAGGCUUUUGGCUUUCAUGCCACAGAAUACAAUAAUGAAGAAGUCUCUUUUAAUCUUUUUCUUGUACAUCCUUGUAUGUACUCCUUUGCCUAAUGGUGACUUGGAGUUCUUGAAGAAAGGCAAAUAAACAGAAAUUUGCUUCCUGAUGUCACACAA